GCAUUACCUGUAAUUUAAUAAGACGCUUAAGCAUUUUUGCUUUUACAAUGGUUCAUAUCAUAAUCAUAGCUAAACAAGUCUACACUAGUUCGUCACACUGUACAGAAUUUUAAGACAGAUACAGAUUUUAAACGAGAGGCUAUAGUGUGUCUAGAAUGUGUGUGUGUGUGUGUGUGUGUGUGUGUAUGUGUGAUAUAAAAACGAGAAUGUUUGUAAUGUGUGUGUGUGUGUAGGCAUAUAUAUGCUUUGAUAAACGCAUAGUUUCACAUAUUCAAUAGUAAUCUAUUUGGAUAAUGUACAUUUCACUUUUUUCACAUUUCAAAUUUUUAACGUGUGCAUUUAAUAAUAUAAUGUAAAAAAUAGUAUAUAUUGGUUUACAUAACAGAUCAGAUCAUGUAACAUAACUGGAUAAGAAAAUUGUGGGUGAGAUCUAAAACCCCCAAGUCUUUGUGAUUUCAUUCUGUUGUGAAAGUUAAUUUGUUUGUCUUAAAAGGCUGAGUGACAGACAAGAGAACAGACCAAUCACAACAAUCCACCACGUCUCAAGCUGGGUCAGGCGCUGACCUAGUUGGCCACCAAACCCAGAAAAUAUCAUUCAAGUCCAAGGGAUAAAUCAAAUACAAAUUAUAUCAAUUAUCGUAAGCAAUAUAAAAAAAUGACCCAAACAUAGUAUACACGAAAAUACUUAAGCUUUAAGUUUUUCCCCCAGUAAAUUGUGUAUAGUCAUCCGAAUUCGAUGCAGCACGGUUAAAUGUCAUAAUAAUGAACUGAUGAAGACAAAGUGAGUAAUUUUAGCUUUUCACUAUUUUAAAAUCUGUACCCUGUAUUACAAGGAAUUAUGGUACAAAAUAGAAAAAUAAUUUACACCCGUUUUGACAAUCUUUGCAAUGGAAAAUGUUUCAAAUAGGUUUAUAUUUAUUAUAAAAUGUAAGUAUGUCUACGUACCAACUUAAUACUCAGUUUUACAUUUUCAUGUUGCUUUUCAUUUAGUGUUGAAGUUCACAAAUAUAUAUUAUGAACAGUUAAUAAAAAAAAAAAAUCUGCAAUCACAACUAAAAAUAUGCUCUUCUUGAUUAUGUCUGUAUAAAAGUACAAUUUAAGAUUUUGUUUCAGUUUGGAGAUUCUGAAUAAACCCUUCCUUGGCUUAGGCUAUGUGAUUUUUCUUGUAUAUUUUAAACAAAUAAUAAUAAUAAUUCACGUCAGUUUAUGUGAGAAGAAAAGAUAAUGGGGGGAAACAUAAUACAUAAUAACAUCAUCUUACAAAAAAGCAAAGCUACAAAUCAUAAUAUGACAUUUGAUACCAAAUUUUUCAGCUAAUCCAACUGAUGGAAUUUGCAACAGAGUGAAAUUAACUAAAAAUAGAUUAAGUAGUGUGUCGUGCCAGACAGGAAAAUAGACCAAAUGUGUCAACAACGCCCCUAUUCUAUUAAAUCGCAUGUCCGCUUUGAAAAGAGAGACUACAUGUACUGUCUUGUUAAAGUGUAUAUUAGGCUAACCAUUUUUAUAUUGACUAACCUUGUGAUAUUUGACUUUAAUUUCCAGAAAUUGUUUAAUGUACUCGUCUUUCUCUUUCUUUCGCAGACGCACAAGCCAAGUAACUACGUAUCUGAAGAAAACGAGUGCUCUUUGUUCUGUUCUUGGUUUCCUCGUCCGUGAAAAUCGGCUAGAUGGCGCCAUUGCUCCAUGCUGCAGCACAUAAAUUCAACAACUUGACCCCACUGACGUCAAGACGGUCUGGCGCAUCAAGGCCACUUUCAAAACCCUAUUGGUCUGAAAAUCACAUGACAAAGCUCCUUGAAUCCAUAAUUAUGUUGCUGAUAUUUUUCGCCCCCCCAAAAGAUGUCAGCGUCCUACUGUCCUUAUCCACUCCGGUGUAAAGGAGAUUGUUUUGAAUCAAAAGGAAAACAAGGCAAGUAGCAAAAUGUCAUGCCCGAACAACGUGGCAGCCAAUACAUUCCUGAUGGACUCGCUGGUGGGAAGAACAUCUCCUUACAGAGGUGAGAGCUAUUCCAUUAACUCUGGAAUGUACAUGCAAACGUCUGCAGAAUAUGGUUGCUCCAUGAUGGGUAGUUUUGGUAUUGUUGGUACUCCUCUCUCCAAACGGGAUGAUGUGCAACCGAAUGGGAUGCAUCUCAGCAGUUACCAGCAGCACUCACAUUACCUGUCGCAGCAGGACACUUGGAUCGCAGGCUCUAAAACUUACAGAGACUCACAACCUGUUGCCCAGCCUUUGCACCCAUGCUCGUUUCCAGCCAGUAAUGUGAAAGAGGAAGCGAUUCCUUGUCUUUACCAGCCUGAUAUCGACAGCGCUAAAGAGUCCGCUGAGAAAUCCACCUACAUCCGUCUGGGAGACAAUAACAGCCACCCGAAUCAAAGCGCCGUCUCCACCCCCGAGUAUUUCCGACGGAGCCAGGUGUACGCCAGUGAGAGGGGCCACCAUGGAGAUGGCUCGGACUUUAACCCAAUACCCAGAAUAUCCACCCCUGUUGAAGCACUAGCAACAGAUUCAUUUAACAAAAGCAGCAAAUCAAGGCAGGACCCAGAAAUCAAGGGACGGAAUACGCAGGAAGACGACAUGGAUCAGAGACGGACAAGAAAAGAGGAGAGUGUCUCAAAAACAGACAGUUGUACUGAUGAGUCCGAGAGCGAAUUGAAAGAUGAGGCUAAAUCGGAAAAAACAACGGGGAACUGGUUACAAGCGAAAAGUGGAAGAAAGAAGAGAUGUCCUUACACAAAACAUCAGACACUUGAGCUGGAGAAGGAGUUCUUGUUCAACAUGUACUUGACUCGAGAGCGCCGUCUGGAGAUCAGCAAGAGUAUCAACCUCACAGAUAGACAGGUCAAGAUCUGGUUCCAAAACAGAAGGAUGAAGCUGAAGAAGCUCAACAGAGAAAGUCGCGUCCGAGGGCUUACAGGCUAUAGUUUCAACUGAGCGCUUCAGACAGACAGAAAAAUAAGAAAUUACAACUUCUCAUUUCUCCUUUUGAAUUCUUUUGAAAAUCUCAUAUACACACAUAUACAAAUACAGAAUAGCAAAGCACUGGUCUUGACUGGCUUUAAUGUAAGGGCCUGGAUCAUCCUGCAAACAGUAUUAACUAAUUUAUCAUUGUUAAAUAGAGCAGAAUUAUAACUGUAAAAAUGUCAGUAGCGUAAGAAAAUGUUGCUUGGUGCAAAUAUUCCUGGCCGAUUUGUAAUUUUAAAAAAGUUAAAUAUAUGAGUGAGAUGUCUAUUCGAUAUCUUAGAUUAGUUUGUUUGCGGUCAGUGCGCUUUUCCUACAAUGCGCGCUCUGUAUUUUGCAUGCGUUGUUCUUUGACGUGUAUUUGUCAAUUUGAUGUUUAACUCGAGAGGCUGAUAAAUAAAACGGGGGACGGGGAAAUAUAAUCUCCUGGUAUGUCCUUCCCCUUGCAUAUUUUCUCCUGUA